AAAAGCAAAUGACCAUAUCAAAACAAAGACUCCUCCCUAUUCAGUAAAGCGUAUGGUCAGUCACUACCUGAGUCAGACAUCACAUACAUUCACGGAGGAACAGUCAAAGCUAAUUCUCCUCUUAAAGCAAGAAGGAAAAUGGUAUCCCAGAAACUUCAAAUCCUGGGCCUUGUUCUGGCACUGAUUGGCUUUGUGGGCACCAUCGUCAUCUGUGGUUUACCAGCAUGGAAGAUGUCGGCUUUCAUCGGAGCCAACAUUGUGACUUUCCAGGUCUACUGGGAAGGCUUAUGGAUGGAUUGCGUGGUUCAAACCACAGGCCAGAUGCAGUGUAAGGUCUAUGAUUCCCUCCUUAUUCUUCCUAUACAUCUGCAGGCAGCUCGAGCCUUGAUAGUCGUUGCCAUAGUUGUUGGAAUCUUUGGAAUUAUCGUCACCAUCAUCGGCGGCAAAUGCACCAAUUUUGUACAGGAUGAGAGUACUAAGGCUAAGAUCUCCAUCACUAGUGGGAUCAUCUUCAUCAUCACAGGGAUUCUCAUUCUUAUUCCAGUGUGCUGGACCACAAAUGCUGUUAUCAGGGAGUUUUACAACCCUGCCAUCACGGAUGGCCAAAAGAAGGAACUGGGACCCUGCCUUUAUAUCGGCUUCGGAUGUGCUGCACUUCUCAUUGCUGGUGGAGCCCUCCUCUGUAGCUCAUGUCCUCCAAAUGAUGACACUCUCUAUCAUGUGAAAUACUCUCCGGCCAAAUCUACAGUGAGCAGCAGCAAGGUUUAUGUAUAAGACGGACAAACAUUCGGUUUUCAGUCACUUUAGUGGACUGGUAAAAUGAUCAGAUAACUUAAUCAAAGAACCUCUUAGCACUAUCCAGCGUGUAUUAGCCUAAAGUCUAUCAGUGGUAUUCAAAGUGCUACCAGAAAUGUGAAUAAUUUCAAUUAUAUAUAAAACAUCAUCAAGCAACAUCAUGGGCUUUUUUGCUGACCAACAAAGAAUUCUGAACAAAAUCAAAAAUAGUAAAUUGUAAUCAUUUUCUUUUAAGCUAUUUUGUAGAAUCUCACAAGCAAUAAUUAUAUUUGAAUAAUUAUUAAACACAGCAUGGUGCAAUGAAUUUCACAAUAAUAUAACAAUGUUUAAUUAAUAUUUAUUACAUAUAUUAGGGUUUUUUCAUUUGUUAAUGAUUUGGUGUUAUAUACUGAUAAAUUACGAAUGUAUGUCGGCAUGCUCUGUGCUGAGCUCGUGAUAUCUUUUGUUCUUCUUCUGUUCUGUUCUGAUAAACAUGUUCUGAGCACGGACACUAUGGGACAUAAUUUCACUUUGUGAAACCCGUCAACCGCCACUUCUGUUCUCUGCUGAUACCUUUGUCUGACACCUUUGUCUCUGCAGAUAUUGCGUAACUCAGAAUACUACACCUUUUAUUUUGUGUAAAUACUCCCUGUCUGCCUCAGUAAAGAGGUUUGCUACUCAAACACUGACUUUGUGUUUCUUUGGCACUCUCUUCCCCUGCUGGUACAGAAGUUGUGGCAGCAGCACAAACACAGACUUCGUCCUGAUUCUAAGUGAACCCAGGAAAAUCUAUUCUAUACUGUAUUUGUAAAAUAGGCUUGGAUGUUUGAAAGGAGCUAUAUUAUAUAUAUCUAUAUAUAUAUCUAGAUUUUCAAUAUUAUGGUUAUGUUCACACCUGCAUGUGAGUUUGAUUUUAUGUGAUUCUGCAGAAAUCCUAUUUAAUUAAUCUGGUGUAAUUUAUGUUAAAAUCAGAACUAUAAGAAAUUAUAUGUUUUUGAUAUUUGGGCUUCUCUAGAAGCAGUGAAUAUGCAUCAGAUUUUUGUGUUCAUGAAGCAAUCAAACUUCUGUAUUUUAACAAAGUAUUGCAAACGCCUUUGGAAAUAAUAAGGCUGUUUUUGUCAGUGGAAAUCAUUAAAUCGUUACAUUACAGAGUCAUA